AUUCGGCCUUCAAAUGCCACUGCCGUCCGUUUCUUCCCGGUUUACGACGACGUCGUCGUCGUAGAUGUGAGAUUUCAUCGCGCAUCGUAGUAGUCUUGGGGCCUAGGGUUUUCCAAUUCGUUAGUCCUUGUAAUUUCUGAGUUUGAGUAAGAAGAAAUGCAAGCUUCAGCUGUUGCGCUUCAGCAUUGUGAACUUUCGUGGAUUUGAUAGCAGAGUCUGUGCAAUAUAUGGAUCGGAAUGCGACUCAAGAAACGAUUAGGAUUCAAGUCUUUGCUCGAAAUUGUUCUGAAAUCUGAAUGCGAUUUGAAAGAAAAAACUGAAGAUUAGAAGCUUUGAGAGAGUUCAUUUGUUACAGUGAUUCGUUGUUAAGCGAAUGCGUGAGAUCAAACAUGCCAAGCAUCAGAGCUCCGGUGACCAAGAAAGUCACUACUCUGACGGUUGCCCUAAAAUGUAGGCCGUUAACAGGGAGGGAAGGCGGUCGUGAUAUAGUUCGAGUAACCAAUGAUAAGGAGGUACUUGUUUUGGAUCCUGACCUGUCCAAGGACUACCUUGAUCGCAUACAAAGUCGGACAAAGGAGCGAAAAUACCAUUUCGAUUAUGCAUUUGGCCCUGAGUGUACGAAUUCGGAUGUUUACAAAAGAAGUAUAUCUUCUGUAAUUGCUGGGGUUGUUCAAGGUCUCAAUGCAACUGUAUUUGCAUAUGGUUCAACUGGAAGUGGUAAAACAUACACAAUGGUUGGAACUCAAGAUGAUCCUGGACUUAUGGUUCUCAGUUUGCAUACAAUUUUUGAUCUUAUCAAGAAGGACAAUAGCUCCGAUGGCUUUGAAGUUUCAUGCUCCUACCUUGAAGUCUACAAUGAAGUUAUCUAUGAUUUGCUUGAAAAGUCCUCAGGGCAUUUGGAACUUAGGGAGGAUCCAGUGCAAGGAAUAAUUGUUGCAGGCCUUAGGCGCAUUAAGGUUCAAUCAGCUGAUAAGAUUCUUGAACUUUUAAGUUUGGGGAACAGCAGACGAAAAACAGAAAGCACAGAGGCUAACGAAACAUCCUCACGCUCACACGCAGUUUUGGAGAUUACUGUGACCAGAAAACAGAGAAACAAGUACCGUGGUCAGGUCAUCAAAGGAAAGCUUGCUCUUGUGGAUCUUGCUGGCAGUGAACGAGCUUCUGAAACGAAUAAUGGAGGCCAAAAGCUAAGGGAUGGCGCCAAUAUCAACCGUUCACUUCUUGCUUUAGCAAACUGCAUAAAUGCUCUUGGAAAACAACAGAAGAAGGGUCUAGCUUAUGUCCCUUACCGCAAUAGCAAACUGACACGGAUUCUUAAAGAUGGGCUGAGUGGUAAUUCUCAAACAGUGAUGGUUGCUACUAUAUCACCGGCAGAUAACCAGUAUAAUCAUACUGUUAAUACCUUGAAAUACGCUGACCGAGCUAAGGAAAUCAAGACACACAUCCAGAAAAACAUUGGGACCAUUGAUACCCAUGUAUCUGACUACCAACGCAUGAUUGAUAGUCUUCAGAUUGAGGUCUGCCGGUUAAAAAAGGAGUUGGCCGGAAAGAAAUCUCAACUAUGCACCAAGCCAAAUGAAAAGCCAGUAGAUGAUGAAAUGUCUUGGUUGAAUUUAGUGAGCCAAGAAACCAGUGAAAACGUCCAGGAACGAAUAAACUUACAGAACGCUGUAUUUGAGCUUGAGGAAACUAACCUUCACAACCGCACUGAACUUCAACACCUUGAUGAUGCUAUAGCAAAGCAACAGGCUAUUGAGAAAGAUGGAGCAGUUGUGCAGGCUUUAAGAGCAAGGCAACAAGUCAUCCUCGAUAACAUUCGUGACAAUGACGAGGCUGGUGUCAAUUACCAAAAGGAAAUUGAAGCCAAUGAAAAGCGUCGCUGUGAACUACAAGAUAUGAUCGAGGAAGCAAUUAGUAACAAUGGCAACAAAACCUACUUGCGCAUUCUCAGCCAAUAUAGACUCCUGGGCAUGGCCAAUACUGAGCUUCAGUUUGAAAUUGCAAUGAGAGAUCAAGUCAUUUGUAACCAACGGGAAGUGCAUAGGAACCUCUGGAAUUUGCUCCUGGCUUUAGGACUUGAUGAGAAGCAGAUAUUGGACCUUGCUGCAAAACAAGGCAUAACAAUUGAAGACUGGAAAAUGACACCCCAGUUGGAGUUGUCAAACAGGCGGCGAUCACUAAAUCUGGGUCUUGGAAGACUCACACCAGUACAAUACUGUCCUUGCAUUGGGAAGACAUUUGGUGUAUCUUGUCUCUUCCAACAAAAUCAAGACUUUUGUUCUAGUUCAUUCUCCGACGGACAUUGGGAUUCGGCUCGCACGAUUUGCAGGGAGGAGCAUCAUAGUUCAUAUUACUUGAUGUGUCAUGAUCACUCCCCAUCAGCAUACUUGAGGCGGAGUAGUAGUGGUGGGCAUUGGCCCGGUGGUGGGGCAAGACCGUGUUUCAGCACUCCUGAUAGAACUCCUCAUGGUUUUCGUAAUUCAUAUCCCCAGAUGGGAAGUCGGUCUUCUCCGUAUGGUGAAGGCUGCAGACCAGCUCCAUCCUUCAGUGCCGACUUGCAGAAUAAGGAUGCAUGGAAUAAUGUUAACAUGCAACAUUGUGUUGGAACCCGUGGCAGUGAAGACCCGUUCACAGGAGUACUGCUGAAUCAUGGUGGAUCAGCUCGAAAUCUGUUUGGAUACAGUCCAGAUCAAAGUUAUGGCACACCAAUCUCUAACCAUGUUUUCCCAAACACGAGAUCCUCGAAUCACCCGGAUAUACCUCAAGUUCUUCCUCCCUAUGCUACUUCAGGGAUGUCUUUCAAUCGCCGUAGUAAUAACUCUCAACCCUCCGGCUUUGUAUAGACCUGCUGGUAUUUCUCAUUCUCCUCCUUCCCUUCUGUUUUUUGCUUCCAGGUGUACAUACAGGAGAUAGUGCUGAGUACCAUUGUCAGUAGUGGCGGUCAUAGGGGUCAGGAAAUUCUUCUGUUCUAUUCAUUCUUUUUGUCCAUUCUCCGUUUCUGGAGAGCGAUAAGGAGCUGUCCAGUCUAGAAGUAGCUGUUAAUUGAUCAAUAAGCUAGCUAGAGGACUGUAGUGAUGCUGUCUGUACAUAUUUGUUGUUAGUCCUGGUAGUCAUUCUUUGUGUUGAUGAGAGCAAGGUAUUGGUAACUGUCUUUUUGGAAUAGAAAUGCUUGAGCUUCUGAUGUAUUCAUUAGAACUCCAAA